UCAAUCAAACAGACAGUGGCUUCUUUUGAUUAAAGCCCAAAUUGUCAUUGGGCAGAAGCAAUCAUGUGACAGCCAAUUCGGUCCAAUUUCAACCUUGUCUCCAUGAAUUCAAUAGUUUAAUAGUAGCGCGGUCCCCAUACGGCUGUAAUCAGUGAAUUAGAAAAAAAACACCCCAGCAGCGAUCUUCUAUGAUAGAUUUUUUUUCCCUCCGCGCUCGCCUUUUUCCUGGACCUUGCCCCCCCAAAGCCCCUCCAGAAGAGGGAACUUUUUCUCCGAGGGGGCUCCAAGGAGAAGGCCAUGAAUUACGAAUUUGAGCGAGAGAUUGGUUUUAUCAAUAGCCAGCCGUCGCUCGCUGAGUGCCUGACAUCUUUUCCCCCUGUCGCUGAUACAUUUCAAAGUUCAUCAAUCAAGACCUCGACGCUUUCACACUCGACACUGAUUCCUCCUCCUUUUGAGCAGACCAUUCCCAGCCUGAACCCGGGCAGUCACCCUCGCCACGGCGCUGGCGGCCGCCCCAAGCCGAGCCCCGCGGGCAGCCGCGGCAGCCCAGUGCCCGCCGGCGCCCUGCAGCCGCCCGAGUACCCCUGGAUGAAGGAGAAGAAGGCGGCCAAGAAAACCGCGCUGCCUCCCGCCUCGGCCGCUGCCGCCACCGGCCCUGCCUGCCUCAGCCACAAAGAAUCCCUGGAAAUCGCCGAUGGCAGCGGCGGGGGCUCCCGGCGCCUGAGAACUGCUUACACCAACACGCAGCUUUUAGAGCUGGAAAAAGAAUUUCAUUUCAACAAGUACCUUUGCAGACCCCGAAGGGUGGAAAUUGCAGCGCUGCUGGAUUUGACUGAGAGACAAGUGAAAGUGUGGUUUCAGAACCGGAGGAUGAAGCACAAGAGGCAGACCCAGUGCAAGGAGAACCAAAACAGCGAAGGAAAAUUUAAAAGCCUCGAAGACUCUGAGAAAGUGGAGGAGGACGAGGAAGAGAAGUCGCUCUUUGAGCAAGCCCUCGGCGUCUCCGGGGCCCUUCUGGAGAGGGAAGGUUACACUUUUCAGCAAAAUGCCCUCUCUCAGCAGCAGGCUCCCAAUGGACACAAUGGUGACUCCCAAAGUUUCCCAGUGUCGCCUUUAACCAGCAAUGAAAAAAAUCUGAAACAUUUUCAGCACCAGUCACCCACUGUUCCUAACUGCUUGUCAACAAUGGGCCAGAACUGUGGCUCUGGCCUAAACAAUGACAGUCCCGAGGCCCUCGAGGUCCCCUCUUUGCAGGACUUUAACGUUUUUUCCACAGAUUCCUGCCUGCAGCUUUCAGACGCAGUCUCGCCCAGUUUGCCGGGUUCCCUCGACAGUCCUGUAGAUAUUUCAGCUGACAGCUUUGACUUUUUUACAGACACACUCACCACAAUCGACUUGCAGCAUCUGAAUUACUAAAAACAUUAAAGCAAAACAAAGCAUCACAAAACAAAAACCCCUUUGACCGGGUGGUUUUGCCUUCCUUUAUUCUGAGAGCUAAUUUUUAUUUUAUUUUCUUCUUGACUUACCCUCUCCCUCCUUUAAAUGUUGAAGAUUUUUCUGUUUAGUGAUUCCCUUAACCCAGUUACAGAGCCAUCUUUUUCAGAUUAUUUUGGAGUUUUAGUUGUUUAAAAUCUAAUCCAACAACCCUCUAUGUGAUUUCCUGAAAGCAAUAUAUGAGGCCUGCAAGAAAGUGAUCAUAUAAUUGUAUCUUCACUUUCUUUUUAUUUUUGUAUUACACUAGGAUGCAUUGUCAUGCGUAUUUUUGGUAGAAUAAAUUCUCCUUUGCUAUAAGUAGCUUUCUUAUUUUUUUCCUCCCCCUCUUUCUCAA